CGCCAUGAACGCGAACACGACGCACGCGGUCGCAUUGGCACCGCUGCACUCGCAGUCACCGUUGUCACUGUUACAGUCAACGUCGCUCGUGACGGAUCACGUCGCGGUCGUCGGAGGCAGCGACGGUGCAGGUGGUGUUGACGACGGCGGCGGCGAAGACGACGGCGCACGGCCGGUGCCCGGGGCAUUGAACGUGCCGUACGCCGUUCUCGAGGGCCUAGUGGCCGUAGGCGCGACCGUCGGUAACGGGCUCGUGAUCGUGGCGUUCCGCCGUGAACGCCGGCUCCGGCGCCGGACCAACUACUACAUCGUGUCGCUGGCCAUCGCCGACCUGCUGGUCGGCCUGGUGGGCAUACCGUGCGCCGUACUGUCCAGCGUCGGGCUGCCCAAACAACUGCACCUCUGCGUGUUCUCCGUGUCUCUGAUCAUCGUCCUGUGCACCGUGUCCAUACUCAGCCUAGUGGCCGUGUCCGCCGACCGAUACUGGGCCAUACUCUACCCGAUGGCCUAUUCCACUAACUCCAACACGAAAAUCGCAAUCAGUACGUAAUUAAUUGCUUAUAACGCGCGUGUUAGUACGUUCAAUUUCAUUUGGGUUCGGAUUUCGUUCGAAUUCGCCGUUUUUGAAUCAACAAUUAUGGUAGUAAAAAUCAAUCGAAAGUCGAUACGUUUUCAAUUGAUUUCGAUCGACUUUUUGUGUUCGAAUUAGUCAGGGGUACGCUCGUAUUUUAUGGGGGGAUGGAAGCGUUCGGAGGAGUGUGGCUAAGACAUGUCGCAUCAAGUUGGAAAAUGUCCAAAUACGAGCUUAGUUGGAAGGCCAAAGUAUUAUCGUAGUCGGACCUUUUGAAACGAUUUCGUACUCGGAACGUUCUACAUUUCUGAUUUUAGAUACUGUUUAUAUUCACAUUAAACGCAAUAGAAACUAUAAAAGAACUGAACAAUCGCUAGAAUGUUUUCAAAGUUUCAACCACGUCUAGAUAACGCUAAUAAUAAGUAUUCUGCGGAAAACCGCAUGUCUCUAUAAUCAUUUUAAACCUAAUUGUAAUUAGGUAACAAACAAAUUAAAAAUAAUAAAAAUCAUUAUUGCGUACAUUUUUCCGUAAUUCCUACGUCUUUUGUUCACAACCAUUCGGAAAACUACAAAGAAAUUUAAAAAAAAAAACGACCUCUUCAACGUGUAUCAACUAGACAAAAUUUGGUUUCAGAAAAAUUGUUACACUUUGAUGUUCGGAACAAGAUUUCCGGUAGAAAAAUGUUUUACACAGAAUGUAAAAAAAAAAUGUGCGGAAUAGUGUGUAGUGUAUAAUAUUAAUAAAUUAUAUUAUUACAGUGAAACCUCUAAAUACCGGACACUCUCGGCUGCUGACAUUUUGUCCGCUAUUCUACAAUAGUUCUUAAUUUAUGAUAAAAAUUAUCAAUGUCAAUGUUGAAAAGUGUCCGUUAUUUAGAGUGUUUUGUAUUUAGAAGUUUUCCUGUACACAAAUAAGGGAAAUGUCCCCGUUCCCGAAAAAACGCCCGCCAUUUGGAGGUGUCCGGUAAGGGAGAUUUCACUGUGUAUUGAAUUUUUGUAACACGAUAGAGUUUUUGUAUACAAGAAUUAUCCGCGGGUACGUAAAACGAAUAAACGGUAAAUAAAUAAAAUCCUUGACAUACAUCUCUAGUAUACUUAUAUAUGAUACGUAAUAUAUUACGUCUAAUCAAACUAUACGUCUACUCGCUGAAAAUUGAUACACCCGAAAAUUUAUAAAAAUCGACCGUAUUGAUGGUUUAAGGUUCUAAAUUUAAUAUCGUCACUUAGUAUUCGCGUGUUGUUUUAGAUUCGGAUCGUAGUUAUUUUAUAUUAAUGGUUUUUUUUUACUCGCUUUGUAAAAAUACUCCAAAUCGUUUACGUACCGUACCUCAAAAGACGCGGGAGUUCCGGCCGGUGUUACUUUAUUCGAACGAUUUGUCUAAACGGACAACGUUUUUUUUUUUUUUUUUUAAAAAAAACCCGAAUUUAAAGAAAAUAAAAUCCUGUAUCGAUUGUUUUUGUUGAUUUCUGAGUCAUCUCAUCGAGAACAAGGGGGAAAAAUAGUUUUCCAAUCUUACCGGUCAAACGAGCUUUGCACAGACUCGUUUUGGGUUUUCAUGAUUAUGCUGCUUUCGAUUGGUAUAGCAAUGACUUGUGACUUGUACGAGUAUGAUAUGUUCUCAGUUAAUAUUUAUGUUUAGCAGAGAUUUUGUUCGAUCUAGUUUGCAAUGAUAUAAACUUUUUAAAUAUUUCAUUAUUAUUAUUAUGUAUCGCUUAAGUAUAAUAACAUUAUUUAAAUUGCACAACUAUAAUUAUAGUCCUAAGCCCAUAAUCCAGUAUGGAUUUUAUUAGGCGUAUAUAGUAGAUAUACAAGUAGUAGUAGUAUAAGUAAUUAAGUAUUAUUAAUCGUCAGUGGUUCUAAUUUCAGGUUCUGAGUGUUACGAGUUUUGAGUUUUACUACAUUGUAAUGUGUUUUUUUUCUCUCGGUAAACACUUUUUCGGUUAGUAAAACUGGUCAGUUUUUUCACACAGUACCUGAAAAUCGAUGCGGAUUUUUUGCUCGCCGGUAUUUUUAUUUGAAACGGUCUAUUGGUAUUUUGAACAAUUCGCACCUAAAAUUAUCUUUUUGUUUCUGUUAACUUUGUUUAGGUUCCAUCGAAAAUAAGGGAAAAAACACGACUAAUACUACUCCUCUCAGAAUCAGUUUUCAUUUUUCGUUCCAUACGACACGAAAUGAAAAUUAUUCUGGUUAUCCUACUUUCCAAAUACUCGCCUACAAGAGUGGUCUACCCGUGAGCAGUAUUAUCAAUUUUAAGGAAAAACAAAUUUUUCUUUUGAUCAAACAAUAUUGAAAAGUUUAUACAGUUUAAUACAGCUUAUGGGUAGGCUACUGUUGUAAGUGGGUAAUCGGGAAUACAGUGCCGUAUUACUAUACUCGUAUUAAAUCGUGGUUUGAGACUUAGGGCCGGAUUACGGUCAUAAUCGGAUGGGAACUAUUACUAUUCCCCAAUACAACUUUUUUUUUAACUCAGAUUUAGUAAAUUAUAUUAAAUAUUAAUUUAGUAUAUAUAUAUAUAUAUAUGUGUGUAUUUUAGUGUUUUAACAAAUUACUUUAUAGAGAAAAUACUUUAUAUUUAUUAGUCAACGGCAUAAUAGUAUGCACGGUUAAUCAAAAGUCUUACGUGACCUAGACUAAUGUAACUGUUAAGAAUCUCGACAUUUUGUUUUGUUUAAAAAUUCGCAUCGUUCAAGCCUUUAAGGGUUCGAUACGAAUUGGGACCUUCACAUUGUACUAAUCAAAAAGAGUGUUUUCUGAGAAGAAACCAAAAGAAAAAAAGAGACCUAAGGGAUCGGUCGUUGAAAAUAUCAAUAAAUGUUUCCGAUAAAGUAUCAUAUCUGAUGAACAAUCCGCGUCUUUUAAGAUAGCACGUGAACAAAUCGGAGCAUUAAUUACUAACCGAAAAAGAGUUUUCCGAGAAAAAUAAACACACACACACACACAUCAUAAUAAAACGUAUUGCUUGUUCGCUGUAUACUCGAAAUCUAAAAAAAAAAAAUAUUGUGAAUUAUAUUAAAAAUUGGCAUUUGCUUGUACGCGUUACCGUUUCAUCCUUGUUCCACAUUUGAAGCGUACGAAUGCAAUAAAAAUGUUUAAACAAUAUAUUAUAUCAAUCGUACAGAUAAGCCGAGCCAGUAGCCGGUAACGCAGAAUUCCAAUCACGUUUUAAUAAUUAAGAAUAUUAUUCGUUUAAACGUUCCAUCGCCGUGGCCCUACGCGUAACAGAAAUGUCGCAGAAUAAUAUAAUUAGUAAAUAUCGAUAUUAGUAUGCAAAAUAUGUUUAAGACGGUAUGUAUACUCAGCCGCGGGUUUAUAAUAAAUAAUAAUAUACACUUUCGGUUUCGACAUAAUAAUUUAUACAGAAAUAUCAGCAUAAAUGUCGCGAAACGGCCGGACGUGAUUCGUGGUCGUGUGUCUGCGCGAUGACGUUACAAUAAUAUUUACAGGACUGUUUAUUGAUGGCACGGCCGAAUUUCGCACUAUUGUAUAAUAACAUAAUAAUUGAAUGUGUGGAAAUUAGUAAUGUAUUAACGUGCAAAUUUUUCGUAUUUAUAUUCACGGCGCGCGGCGUUUCGGUGCCAUUUUUUUAAUGAGUCGAAAAUAUUUAACGCCAUUAUUAUAAUGUUAUAUAAUAUUGUUUUCAUAUCGGCGUGUGGUUGCGAUGUCUUAUGUCUUAUGCAUGUGCGAUAAUACGGUAUACGUACAGUUGUAUGAUCUAAAUUCAAUUAUUUACCGUAAAAACGGUACGUACGGUACCUAAAGAAAUAUAUCGAAGUAAUAUAGUUCAAGAAAUUAAUUAACACACGCCCUCUCAUAUUGCACAUGCGUAACGGUAGUCGUUUGCGUUCAAGGAUGAGCAAAAAAAAAAAAAAAAAAAAAUUGGUCCUUUGAACGAUCAUUCGUACUAGUAUUAUAAAAAUAUUAAAUUUACAGAACUUUAACGAUUUUCAACGACGCCCCUUAGUCAUUGCGCCAGGUGCGUGAGCACCUCUCGCACUCCCUAGGCACGGCCCUAGUUGGUCGCGGUUGAUUGUUGCUGGUGUAAGGAUGGGAUAUAUACCGUAAAUUUAUAAGGGCAAGAGAAUGUAAAAUCAUGUACGACGAUCCAUUUCACGCGAAUGAAUUUGUUUUGAUUCAUUUUCUUAGCCAGUUUUUUUUUUUCUAAAAUUCUUCUAUUAUUAUUAGAAAUGUUAUAACACGUACAUACAAUAAUUUUAGAAAAACGUUAUUUUAUACUUCCCAAAGAGCUAAAUAACUUUACUAUUGUAUUUACACAGGCAUGUCAUCAAAACUUGUCCGCACACUUAAACGUAUACUACACUUGGAAUUGACAAAAAGCCCUUUGUGUGGCAGUGGCGUAUUUGAGGAAGGAGGGAAGGGGCGAUGGGAGCAAUUGCUCCCCAUCAAUUAAUUAAAGUAGGUAUUUGCUAUAUAUAUACAUACGAAAAUUAAAUCCGCUACCAUAAAUCUCCUUUGAAAUUGAAUGUUUAGCAUUAUAUCUGCUAGAAAAGUGUCAUCAGACGCAAACAUUAAAAUAAAAACACUUCAUGGUAAAAUGAAUAGGAUAGAAUAUAAGAUUGUGUAAUAUCUUGCGUUUAAUAAUUUUAGUGUCGCCCCUCCUCCAUAGAACUUAACAAAACGUCAAAUACGCCACUGCAAAAGGGUCGUACGGAAACGGAAUUGAUUCGAUUAAAAUUAAUAACAUUUGAUCGCGGUUAUUGCGCAGAAUUGAUGGACCGCGGUUUCUUUGUACCGUUUCUUUCGAGUGUGGAGCACACGGGCGUUAAUAGGGAAACCACGUUUUUAUUUUACGCGUUUGUUUGUUUAGUGGCGAUAUGAAAUUAUGAACCAAUCGCUGUAGUACUACUGAUAUAACCAUAUUAUAAAAUAGGUGAAAUAAAAGACGAUAUACAAAAAUAAUCGGUUCUGUAUAUAAAGUAUAAUCCUAACGGUUGAUUAAAUUUUAUUUUUGUUUUGUAUUUAAGUAUAGGCUUUAUAGCGUCUGUGUGAUCUGAGGACAAAAUAUGUACGUAAUACCUCGUACAUUCUAACCAAACCUAAUAUAAUCACGUGGUUUUUUUUUUUUUUUUUAUAUAAUCCUCCCGAGGCCCAAUAUAUGCGUGUACCAGAUACUUAUUGUGUACAUUAUUUUUUCUACAUCGAAUUGAUAAUAUUAACAUCGUGAUAUUAUAAUAACACACUUAACGCGUUUUUAUAGGAACGUAUACCUAGUAAGUAGUUAAAAAAAAUAAUGAUAUAUAACAUUAUCGUUAUAGCUUUUUUUUUUUUUUUUUUAAUGUUUAUAACAAAUUUACUAGUACUUAAAAUCUUGGCUAAAUUUGUUCAAUAACACGAAUUGCGCUGUCUAUUCAAUUCAUACGUUGUAGUCAUUCAAUUGAAGAAAAUACUAUUGUUAUUAUUAUAAUUACUAUUAUAGUGACUACUACGACUACUUACUACGGCGAUCUUAUUAUGCAGAAGUAUUUAAUUAAAUAGGUACAUUUUUUAUGACUAGAAGGCUAAUGACUUUAAUAACACUUUGUAAAUCAGAUUUAAUCUUCUUCCUCCUGUAUAUAGUUUCUACUACACUUACCAAUACGUUAAUUCUAUACAAAUAUAAUUGUAUACAUAGUAUAGAAAUAAUUAUUUGAUUUUAUGUAUACAGAACCGCGGAUUGGAAUUAAUGAACUAUUUCUGGAUUCGAAGUGUAGCGGGUAAUCAAUUAUUGGUCUUACUAUGGUGUGUGUUUUUGUAUUUAUUUUUUAUUUUUUAUUUUUUUUUUUUGCUUCCGUGAGCAACAUUUCUACCAAAAAUCUAGCUCUGGUGUGUAAAGUGUAGUAAUAUUUCGGAAAAAAAUUGUAUCUUGUUGAGGCAUUGAGAAUGGCAUUUUUUGAUUUUCGAAGGGGUUUUAAAAAUAAUUGGAAAAACCGAAAACAAAAUUAUAGGUAAAACACGGCGUUACCAAUUUUAUUGUUUUUAAUUUUUGUAAACUACGUAUUCCAUCAAAAUUAUUGCUUCAAUAGAAAAAAACAAAGUAUCUUUUUUGUUGAAUUUCAAAUUGCUCUCGAAGAAAUUCGUUUUUUGAUUUUCCAACUAGCUUCCAUAAUAAUUUAAAAACCGGAAAAAGACAAAACAUGAAAAACGAACAAAUUAACAGAGUACGAUUUCAUUAAUUUUAAUUUCUACCCUUUACGUUUUCUACCAGAAAUAUAUUACCACUGAGAAAAUGACAUAAGGAAUUUUUAAUUUAUUUAGUUAUUAGGAAAGUCGUAUUUUAUAGGUUUCUAUGUAGUUGUUUUUAAUAAUUAAAUAAAACCAAAAAAAAAAAAACAAUAAUAAAACGGGAAAGUUUACGGAAAUAAAAGAAAGUUUCAUUAUUUUUAAUUUUGUUUUUAGAUUCGGGGUUUAGCGACGGAUAGGUUUUACUAUGAUGCAUAAAUUUUUUUUUGUUUGGAAACAACUUUUUAAAAAAAAAUCUUGCUCCGAUGUAUAUAGGAAAUAGUAUCUUUCCUGAAAGUAAAAUUGUUCUAAUUGAUGCAUUAUAAAUGUCAUUCUUUUGAUUUUCAAACCUGUUUUCAAAAUAAUAGAGAAAACCUGGAAAGAAAAUUAAUAGUAAAACGGCAAAUAUUUUCGGGAAAACAAAAAAUUAAAAUCGAUUAAUAUUUAUGGCAAUGUAGCCUCCCAGUUCAAUUAUUUUAUUUUUUAUAAACGAUAUUUUCUACCAGAAAUCUUGUUCCAAUUGAAAAAUAACAAGUGAUCGAUUUUAUUCCCUUUUAUAUAUAGCCGCUGACAACGAUUAUCGGUGUGUAAAAUAUUUUCCAUAAUAAUUUGGAAAAACCAAAAAAAAAGAUUUUUUCAAAUUACGGAGCAACGAUUACAUUAUCAAGUAAAAUUGUCAAAACAUUUUAGAUUAUAACAAUUUUUGAGCUAUUUAUAGGUAUUUUAUAUUUGUGAGUUUAUUACGUAUUUUUCGUUUGGUAAAUAGUCUGUAGUAAAAUUGUUAGACUUAGCACAAAUGCUUGAAAACAGAAGGUCCAUUUUAAAUCGUACUUAGUGUUAAAAAAGAGUAAAUUUAAUGUUCCUAGUCAUUUGUAAGAUUCUUAGUAGAGCGAAGAAGCUUAUGGUUUUACAAAGAUGUUUAUUUUUAUUUUUUCCUGUGGACGACUUUUCUACCAGCAAGUUUGCUCCAACUUAUAAUGAUUUUUCACUGGGAAGAGGUAAUUUUUCUAUUUUCUCAGGAGUUUUCACAACAAAUAUGAAAAUCCGGGAAAAACCAUUGGGAAAUUAUAAGAAAAACAGAAAAAUCAGGUCAAUACUAAACAAGUAUUAUUAAAGAAAUUAUAUAAUGCCUAUUAAAUUAUUUAAUAUUUACCAUAAUAUGAUAUUGGCCAAGCAUCACUAUCAACUGAACUCAGCUCAGAAUCCUUUUUCCGUAAGCAAUGGUUUAUCGUUGCUUACAGAUAUUCCCAUUUACAACAGUGGCUGCACCCACAUGCGAAGUAUGUAAGUUUUUUUUUUCAUAAUGGUUUUAAAAUCAAUUUUUGAUAAAAAUCGUAAAUAUUACGACCUUUUAAAUUAUGUAUUAGUAAACUUUUCUCAGAAUUGAUUUUCGUUAGCAUUGGUUUAUCGUUGCUUUCAGGUAUAAAUUAAAUAACUUUAUGUAUCCUACUGUUCCAAGUUCCCCCUAUAACAGUGCCACACCUGUCAGCAGUAUAAGCUCUUUUUUUUUAAUUUUAGAAUACUAAACAGAUAUUAUAUAGUGUUAUACUAUAUUUUACGAGUAUUAAACUUUUGUAAUAAAGUUUAUCAAUUAUUUAAGAAAAACUACCUAAAAUGUGUAAACUAUCAAGAAUAAUAUAUUUUUCGGUAAAACCGGUAGUAAUAUUAUGCUAUGCACCGUAUUGAGUGAUAUUUUAUAGAUUCUAAGCUAAGCGACCAUUGUUAUUCCUAACUAUAUGUAUAAGUGAAUAUGUUCUUAAAUGUUUAGUGUCCAUGAAAAUCUUUUCGAUUAGCCAUUUUUCUAAGAUCAAAAACAUUAUAGAAACAUUAUUGUAGCGUUUUGGAUCUAGUCGAUGUAUUGAGGAAAUAAUUUUUCGAUAUUCCAUGUACUUUUUUUAAUAAUGGGAAAAACUGUAAAUAUUUAUGCAAAACCAUUAUGAUUUAAAACGUUUAUGUUAUUAUAUUCUGAAACUAUAUUAUCGUAAAGAGAGUAUAUGAGCAAUUUAUUAUAGACGUGGUACAAUUUCUAAAAAUAUUCUAACUUUGUUUAAGUUAUUAUACAGCAAUAUUAUAUUAUAGCUAUUGGAAUAAAUAUUCCAAUAUUCCAUAUACUUUAUGGGACAUCUUUUUUUUUUUUCAAAAUGUGUGUUUUAAGACACUGAAUUCAAAAAUAUUUGUCAAAUGACAGCUCACUUUUUUAUUCUGGAAAUUUUACCAAAAAAACUUCAAAACUUUACAAAUCAUUAUUUUUUUCUUUUAAAGACGGGAUUUUUAAUUCUGAAGAUGAUGAUCAGAAUUUUUCGGAAACUAUCAUUUUCGAAGUAAUAGUGAUUUGAAGACAAAUGCAUUUUUUGUGCACUUGCAGUGACCCGGUGGAUCGCGCUGCUCUCACUCGGAUUGUUUUAAAAAACGGACAAUCCUCAAUUUAUUAUGCGAAAACAGAUCGGGCAGGGACAGGAGAAAAACAAAUGAUAAAAAAAUAAAUGUAUCCGGUACCACAGGUUUCUCACACUCAUUUUAUGAUAUUUAACUAAAAUUGUAAAAUGUAUAAACUUCAAAUGGCUAUAACUUUAAAAUUAAAAAUAUUCUGCAUAAAAUCUCGUAAAAAAAAAACUUUAAAUUUAGUGUACACUAUAAAAUAGAAUUAUACCAUAGCUGUUUGAAUUUUUUUUAUUUUGGUUAUGUUGAUGGAAUUACGAAGUAAUUCCAUCAACACAUUUUGCGAUUCAUUUUUAACGGUUUUUUAGUUCAAAUUCAAGUUUAUAUUAACGUUCGUUAUGAAAAUGAACUGUUAUAAUUAUUUAUUUUGUUGUUAUACAUAUUAAUAUAUCACAUCAAUUUAAAUUAAUCCAAAAGUGUAUUAACCGAACUUAGCUCAGAACCGUUUUUCGUUUGUAAAUAUAUUUUAUCAUUUCAUACUCUAUAUAAACUGAAUUACUUAGAAUAUCCAACCUUUUCUACUAAAAACGGAAUAGAUAAUAUAAUUUUUUGACCAUAAAAUUAUACACACGGUACGCAUAUGUAAAUAGAAAUGAUAAAUAAGACAUAAGCAGUAAUAGUAGCUUACACAAAGACCCUAAUGAUUUUAAAACGUAGCGAUGUGAAUAUAUUAAAUUUGAUUAAGACAUAUGUCAAUUGCAUAUUAUUUAUACACGAUUAUAGGUACAAACAACAAUUCUCAAACAAUACACAUAAUAAUAUCUACAACUUUUAAAUAAUUUCAAAACAUAAUAUUAUAUUAUUGUCAUUGUUAUAUAUUUCAAGCAAUGCCAUCAUAUCUCAUAUAAAUAUUUAAUUUUUUUCACGGAAUACUAUAAGUAUGAUUUUUAACGAGUUGAGAGUUUAAUUAGUAAACAGUAUAAGUCACAACAGGUAAAAGUAUUUCCAAGUGUGUACCAAAACUAAAAAUAUUUUAUACUUACGAAUAUACUUACUCGACACGUUUAGUACCUACGCAUAAUUAUUCAAAUACUAUGUCUAUGUGACAUUACUAUACCAUGCGUUAUGACUAUAAUAUAAUAAUUAUGAAGGAGGCAUGAAACAUCUAAAUAAAAUAAUAUUAUAAUCAUAAACAAAAAAAAUAACCGUUUGUAAGAUUGUUUAAUUAAAUUAUAUUCUAAUUCAUAGUAGCGCAAUUUCAAAACAAUAAUAAUAUUUUUUUUUAUGUUUAUAUUUUCAGUAACUGUAUUUAAAUAUUGACGUACAACACUUAAUAAAAUACAUUCAUACAAAUCUCUCCAUAAAUAUUGGGGAUGGGUGCAGCCACUGUAUUAGAUAAUUUAAUGUAUACCGUUUUCCCAUUUUUUUUCCGGCUUGAGUGAGUGCCAGAGUGCAUAUUGUUAUUGUAUCAUCUACUGUCAUACUAUAUUAAAGACUUAAUCAACAAUUUUGCUAUUCAAGGGAUACAUUUAAUAACCUCAUAUACAUUGCAGUAACAAGUAACAGUGCUGCAACUACAAAUUUCGAUCGAAGAUCAGUAGUAGCAAGAUUUGUACAGAAAUGAAACGACGAUACAAUACUUACAAAACUCGAUUCUAUAUCAAACAAUUUUUUUAAAAUAUUUAUCGGACGUUACUUUACUUAUAUCUAACGCGUAACAUAUUUAUAAUUUGUAUAACACAAAUAUUAAACUACAUUUAUUGUUUAUGCUUUUUUCAUUUUCUAAAAAAAUAUGAAAAAGUUAUUAAUAUUUUCAAUGGGUUGUAAAGAAAAUUAUAUUAAUUAAAAUUUAAAAUUAUACUAUAAACCAUUUCAUAUUAUACGAGUAUAUUACCUCUAUUAAAUAUAAUUUUUUAUCAUUAUCAUAAUUAGUUUAUAAUUUUUUCUGAAAUAUGAGUAUUGAAAUUUAUUUGUUUACAUUAAUUACAUUUGAUCGUUAAGAUCAAAAAUUAAAUUGUAUGUGUUACAAUUAUAAAGUCUGUACAUAUACAUGCGAAGCUUCAACGUUGUAAGCCUAAUAAAUUAUAGAUUGUGAGUAUAUUCAUAAAAUCAAAAAAAAAAAAAAACUGAGCACGUAUGAAAAUAAAGUAUGAUGGAAAAUUUAUGGCACCGUAUUUGACGCAGAAAGUCGAAAGUUCCGAAAUUGGUGAAGUAGAUAUAAUAUAGAUUUCUGCUAUAAUUAUAGUGAACAUGGACUAGUUGAAUUAAAGAUGAAAGAAUCCAGUGGUUAAGAAGCGGAGAAGAAAAUGAUCCACUAAACGCAGUUUUUGAACGGAAACUUCAGGGUAAACAACCACAUAGCUGAACCAAGAAGCAAUUAAUUGAUAGAGUGGUAAAGGAUUUGUGAUCACUGGACGUUGGAGACUAUAAUGAAAUAAGUCUAGCGAGAUAGAGAUAAGUAUAGUAACGGCUAAAACUCUUUCAGAGUAGAUUUGUCAUUGCCAAGAGAAGAAAAUGCCCGCCGACCAUAGAUUAAAUUUAUCUAUCUAGAUUAACAUAUUUUGUGUUACUGUUCGAGUGGAACGCACUUUAUAUUCUUCAACCAAUAUUUUUAUAACUUUGUUAACAUUUUUAUCUUUCGUUUCAGGUAUAAUAUGUGUUUGCUGGAUAAUGGGUUUGCUGAUCGGUUUCAUGCCGUUAAUGGGUUGGAGAGCCAUCAAAGGUCCUAAAUUGGAUUCGUGUGAAUUCAGUCACGUAAUGGACUAUAAUUAUCUGGUGUUUUUGUAUUUGGCGACAAUUAUUUUGCCGGCGCUAUUUAUGGCCACUUCCUACGCCCAUAUCUACACGGUAGUAAUAAAACAAGUAAGCAUAAUAUUAUAUUAUAUUAAACAGCAUACUUAUUAUACGAUUGUAUAAUCAGUGGUGCCGAAGUCCCAAAAACGUAGUCGGAUGAAAUACAUUUUAAGCGGUCCCAAUAUCUAAUGCGAGUUCAAUAACAUGAGUUUACCAGUCAUAGUCACCAGUUUAAAUUUGAUUCGCAUAAAUAAAAAUAAUUUACCUUAUAAUUAGUUAAUGAAGUAGGUAAUAAAUAUAUCUGUGAUACUAAUAUUUCUAUAUUAUGUUUUAUGAAUUAUUCCAAAUAGUCGUUUGAAAUUUUGUUGAUUUUACAAUAAUUAUAGUACAUAGCAUUAGGUUAAGUAUACAUUUAUAAGAGGGAAUUUUUGCUAAAACCGAUGUCUUAUUUAUAGAGCACGGAUAUUGUAGUAGUAGUACAAAAUUAUUGAAAUUGAUUGCAGUAUUUCAUUAAAAAAUACUGAAAAUUUCACUAAAAACAAACAAUGUUUUUACAAAAAUUGAAAUAGUUAGCUUAACUUUCAGAAUAUUUACAAAAUAAUAAAAGAAAUCACUCAAAAUUCACGGAGUGACUGAAGAACAGAUUACAACAGUUAAACAGUCUUAUUUCACAAAUUAUUUUUGUAUUGUAUUGAAUAUAUACCAACUUGGAAUUAUCAAAAUAAUUAUCAAAUUUAAAUGAAAAUCGCAAAAAAAAAAUUACGGUACUUCAAAUUAUGUGUUACUGAACUGCGCUCGGUAUCAAUUUUCGCCAAGCAAUGGUUUAUCGUUGCUUACAGAUAUAAAUUAAAUAACCUUAUGCAUCCUACUUUCCCAACUUCUCACCUACAACAGCGGCCACUCCCAUCCCCAGUAUCGGCUCUAUUUCUUUUUUUUUAUUUUAUCCAUGUAAACCAGACAUCAGACGGAUACAUCUUAGAAAAUAACGGUGGCGGUUAAAGCGUACGGACAAGGUGGGCAGCUGCCCGUUCCAAAAUUGUUUUUCGUUUCUCGUAUUGAUAAGUUUAGUGCCGUGUCAUUUUUAAUAAUUCUUUAGAGAGAGAUCUAUUGGUUUUACUAUAUUGUGUAUUUUUUUUUUUUUUUUUUUUUUUGUGUGUCUGUAAACCACUUUUCUACCAGAAAUCUUGCUCCGAUAUGUAUCAAGUGUAGCAUAUUUUCUGAAAGGAGAUUUUAUCUAGUUUAGUACAUUGGGAAGGUCAUUUAUUGAUUUUCUAAGGCAGUGGUUCCCAUCCGGAGGAGAAUUUCCCCCAGGGGAAAAUUGAGAUACUGAACGGGGGAAUAUAAUAAUGAUGAAAUAACGAGAAUCUUCAUGUCUCGGUAAACUUCAAGGCAAAAUAUUUUGCUUAUUAAACAAACAUAUUCCACCCUAGUUUUCCAAUUUUGAACAUAGAAUUUACAGUUUACACAUUAACAUAGGCCCCUCCUUCCUGGAUCCACUUGUGGUGUUCAUAUGAAAUUUGAAUUCUAGAACCAUCCCUGGAAUAUAAUCACAUUGUAAUUGGACAUUUAUGUAAAAAUUAUUAGUUUAAUCAAACGAAUAAAUUAUUAUUUGUUUUCAUCUAAAUUUAAACACUCCUGAUAUGAUAAUGUUGUUUAAGUGGUUAUAUUAUUUCGAGAGCUAUUUAUUCUAUGCUCGUGACUAAUAUUGUGUGUCUGUCUAUAAUAAUAUACUAUUCUGUCGAUGCAAUACAAGAUUGAAAAAAAAUAAUCGUUUCACAAAUAUUCGAUAAAAUUAAUUUAAGUGUGUAUUAUUGACAAUAAUGUCGAAGUAUAAUUUGUCUGUUUAUUAAUUUAUAUUCAUUCAGAGGGCGGCAGAAUUAUUGUCCGAAACUGCAAAACCAUCAUCGUUCAUCGCCAUUCAUCAAUCAAAGUAGCCACGAAAAUUGUUUUAUUUAAUAAAUUGUAUAAUCUAUUUACAUAUCUAUACAUAUAAAAUUAUCGAUUUACCUAUAAUAAUUAAUAACAGGCUGUCACAAUAUCAUUCAAUAUAAUAAUAUUGAUAUUAUAAACACAAUUUUAUUUCAGGGGAAGGGCUAAUUAGGAUCAAACAUCAUUCAGUGUAUUUUACCCAAUUUCAAAACCUCUAAAUACGUAUAUUAUGGAACGUACGCAAAUUAGUAAAAUACAAAUACAAGAAUUAUUCUAUUUUUCCAAUAUAAAACUAUUAAUAUACCUGAUUUUUCGCAAAUCUCACAAUAAAGGUAUUUUUCCUGUAAUGUUCAAGUUCUGACUUACCUAUCAUACACUUGGCUAUGUAACUUAUGUAUCUAAUUACCACCCAAUAUCGAUUAUAAGUCACUUCGAGAAGCCCUUUGAGUCCAAUGUCCUGCGUUUCAUCCAACCAUCAGUUUAUAACGUCCUAUGUGAUGAGCAGCACGGAUUCCGUUCUGGACGGAAUUCCGUAGUUUCGUAAUAUGCGUCUGUGUUGUAGGAUCAGUACACCAUAACUUAUAAUUAUGCCUUGGAUCGAGUGUAGCAUAAAUUUUUGUCCUUUGUUAAAUAUGUGUUGAAAAUAGGUCAUCUGCCACACGAUUACUCUCCUGUUCUUGUUUCCCUGAAAUUUUCCUCGCCAGCAAACAGUAGAAUUCGAGAAAAUUUAGGUUUUGUAAGCAAGUUAGUCUUACGACUUGUAUAGACCCUCGUACCUCAUUCGAUACUUUAAUUUUAAAGGACCUUAUUUUUCUUCACAUUGUUGCUAAUCUUUCUGUGUAUCAGUAUUUUCAAAUUACGCUGCUAAUGGGCCCCUUACGAGAAUGAUGAGAUGAUGAGGGUUGCCUAUACUGACCCCUCUUUUUCUUUAUCUUAAUCACGUUGUGUUAACUUAUUAUUUUUUGUUAGUCUUAGUUUUAUUUGUAAUUACAAAUAAAACUAAACUGGUUAUAAUAAUUAUAACCAGUGGUUAUAAUUGCAGGCUGCCAGCUAAUACUUUUAAUAAAUAAAACAAAAUAAAAUAGAAUAGUUAAAAUAAUUAAAACAUAGGUACUUUUAAGAGUAGAUACUUAUCGUUUAUAAACCUUAAAAUAAUUGAAUUUGUUACCCACUUUCGUUUGAUACCCAUUUGUAUGCCUAUCCCCGAUAAAAAUGUUCGGGUCUGUAUACAUAUAUACAUAUAAUAUAUAUAGUAUGUACAGAUAUUAUACAGGGUGAAUUUGUUUAUCAUGAACCCGCAAUUUUCUCGGAGGAUUUUAAGUGAAUUUGUUUUUUUUUUUAAUCAUUGUAGAAUCGUUUUAGCUUUUUUUCAAAAUUAUUUUAAAUUUUUUACCCACUAUUCCAUGUACCAUAAAUAAAUGUAUAAUUUUGUUUUUCAAGUCGAAGGAACUCCGCUUUUGAACACAAAUUCGAAUAGAGAAUAUUUUUCUAGAAAUGUUGAUAAGCAUAACAUUAAUAUCACAUUUACCGUUUAUGAGUAAUCAUUUAUAGUUCAGACCAAAAAAUUAGUAAUAAAUUGUGUAUUCUAUUUUUGAAUGGAAAAUUGGUAACUCUCCCCUUCUUCUCUGGCUUAAACUCUAAACGUUUAUAUCUCAUAAAGUGUUAUGCCCAUCAAAAUUUCUAGAAAAAUAUUUAACAAAAAGUAUAUACUUAUUUAUAAGGUACAUACGGAGUAGGGGUGAAAAUUUAAAAAUGGUUUUAAAAUAAAGCUUAAACUAUUCCACAAUGAUUAAAAAUCUAAACAGAAAACGGAUUCACUUAAAAUCAUGCGAAAAAAUCACUAUUCCAUGAUAGAAAAAAAAAAAAAAAAAACAUCAUUCUGCAUAGAUGUGUCAUUCGUAAAAUAUCGGCCGGACUGCUCCCUGUUCGAAUACCCAACCGCAUGACGAAAACCUUGCGUUUCAGAUCAAACAGAUGACGUUGUUGAACGGCGGCCAGCGCGGCGGAAACAGCCCAACCAAACUGCGCGUGUUGGGCGCGGCCCGGAAGAGCGAGGUGAAGGCCACGCAGAACUUGUCGAUAAUCGUCGCGUUCUUCGCCGUCUGCUGGAUGCCCCUGUACACCAUCAACUGUGUGCAAGCGUUCUGCAAGCAGUGCACCGUACCGAUGUCCCUGAUCCACGGCUGCAUCGUGCUGUCGCACCUCAACUCGGCCGUCAACCCGUUGCUAUACGCGUACCACCUGAAAGACUUUCGGAACGCGUUCAAAUCGCUGCUACUGUGCAGGAACGCGGCCGGACGCGGUCACGCGGGUCGUCGACGCCCGUCCAGCAAUUGUAACGCGGCCGCGAACAACUGUUCCGUCAGCUCGGUGCAGACGUCGUACUAUUCCAGUGGCGGUUCGGCGCGUGAAUGCUGGCGGUGGUCCACCAAAGGAGUGGUCGGUACGCUGUCGACGGCCCGACAGCAGUCCGGCGACCUUUCCAAGAUCGCCGCCGCAGCAGCCGUCACCAACGCAUGCGAUCGCACCAACGGCACCACUGACGUUGACCCGUCCGUACCCGUCCUGCUAUCUGUUCAUCGGCUCGUCCAGUGAACGCGGUCCGGCGUGUCCGCGACAACGCGUCAGACCCUUCGAAACGCGUGCGCAUAACACGUGUACGCGGACUUUGAAGUACGCGUAUACUACGAUCACGUAUAUAAUAUUACGUACUUGUGUCGGAACGUUAUCCGGAUAGUCUGAUGUAUCGCGAUGUCCGGAUUAAAAAUUCCUCAUCCCGAUAAAAAAAAAUAUAAUACAUACGCAUUGACCGAAUUCCCGUGUAAUAACCGGAUACGCGUUCUCUUCCUCCUUCGCCUUUACCCCGUAUCGCUGAUUUUACGGCAUACAACAUACAACGAUACAUUUUUUUUCCUCUAUACGACGUAUCUAAAUAAUAUCUUACAGUUUAUAAAAGAGAAAACACUCGGGCUCAUUGUACUUACCUACCUCUGGCCAAUAUUUUACAGAACAAAACACCAAAAUCACAACUGAAAAAUCGGAAAAUCCCCGGUAUUUGAUUACCCGGUUUGUGUACCCCACACCGGGCGUAGUACAGAAACACUACCUACACUAUUUUCGAUGUAUACACGUGCAUAUCCGAAUUCGGUCGGACGUGACACUUCUCACACGUACCUACAUCGAAUUUUACGGUGCCUAUACUUAUACGCUAGGUAUCGAAAAUCAUAUCAUUUCUAUUCCUAUACAACGUGUCAUCUUUUAUUUUUAUUUUUUCUGUACAUAUUUUGUAAAAACAAUAGUUUUAUAAUAUUAUACUCAAUGUUAUGUACCAAUAGCGGUGCGAUGAACUCGUUUCUGUCAACGGACAAAACUUCACUUUACAAGACGAUUCGUCACCAAAAUUACCGGCACUACAACAGUUAACUACGAUUAUUAUUAAUUGAGUUGUCUUUUCUGUGUGAUCUAUUAUGAUCGACAAAAAAUAUAUUUAAAGAUCAUGAUAGUAUUAUUAAACACGUACGAUACCUGUUAUUUAAUUUUGUUACAAUAUAAUAUUAUAAAUAAAAAAAACUCCAAA